CAAGGUCUAGUUAAGCCGGGCAGUUGAAAAGAUGAAACUUAGGCUUAAGUUUCUAAACAAGUUCCACGUUUUCGAGACGGCAACAACUAAUGCCACUCUUAAUGAGAUUUUUGAGUCUGCUUCGAGAGUUUUCGGUUUGAAAAGAGAAAAUGUUCAAAUAAGUCUUAAUGCAAAAGAUUAUUAUAAUACAAAUCAUUCAAAUCAAUAUAUAUCUGAAGUUGGCAUUGUUAAUGGUGAUAUAAUCUAUAUUAGUUCAUUGGAAAAAUUAGAUGAUAUUAAACAAUCAUUAGAAAUUGAAUUAGCUACUCCUAUUCUUACAUUAAUAAAUGAUAUACCUAAUUCUCAACAUUAUACAUCUAUUCUCUUAAUGGCUAUUCCUUUGUAUGUAUUCGCUAUUGAUAAAGGUUUAUAUAAUUUAGAUCAUCUAAGUCAAUACUAUCAAGAAAUAUCAUCAAUUAUACGUUUAACAUUUAAUUAUCCUCAAGUUGAUUCUAUUAAAUUGAUCUUUACAUUAUUUCAAAAUGGAAAUAUGACUUGUAUUGCUGCAAGUGUUCAAGAUCUUCCUAUUCGAAAACAAUUAAUUUUACAAACAAAAAUUUAUCUUAUCAAGCAAGAUACCAUACACCAAUCUACUACGAACAAAUUAAAUCUUCUAUACAGACAUUUACGAUUGUUAUCUAUACGAAUUAAAGAUGAAUUAAUUGAACCUAUACUAUUGGCUAUUCAUUCAGAAUGUAAUUUAUCUCCAAGACUUCAUUUAUGUACUCUUCCAAGUGAAUUAUUUUGCGAAAUAUUGUGUUAUUUACCAUUAGCAUCACUUGGUUCCUUAAUGUUAUGUAAUCGUGAAUUAUAUUAUCGUAUACGUAAUUGUAAUACAGUUUGGCGUAUUCAAUUAGCUAAAUUGAAUGCUAAAAAGAGACCGAUUUUAGAUGGUGUACUUAGUCGACAACAAUCAUCAUCAUCAUCAUUACAACAAGUUGAUCAAAAACAUACUACUUUACAUAAAAGUCAACAAAAGAAUAUUGGUGAUGAUGUUAUUAAUGAGAUGGAUCAAACUGAACAAAGUGAAGCUUAUAAACAAUUUUUAAUUCGUUACAAAAGUUUGUCCACUCAAAAAAGUUAAACUACCAUGAAAAACCUGGAAGUACUAAAUGGCUGUUUCAUCUUAUUGUGGAACUCUUCAACAGUGCCUAUCCACGAUUCCGCCCCACUGUGAGAUUCGAACCUAGGACCUAUCAGUUUUGUGUUAAUAUUCAAUAAUACUUCAAUUUAUAUUAAUUUCUACUACAUAUCUUCUAACAACAACAACAACAACAACAAGAAGAAUAAGAAGAUAUAAGCAAUACAACAUCAAGUAAAUUCACUUGAUUCUUUCUAUCUACAAAAUUCAUUUGAUUUCAUUAAAUCAUUGAACCAUUUGAUUUGUUCUCUUCUCUUUUUUUUUUCUUAUUCCUCAUUAUUUCAAUUUUAAUAUUCUUUAGAAUAAAAUAAUAAUAAUAAGUGAAUAUAACUAAUUCUAGUGCUAAAGUUCGAAUACGUAUAUAUGCUUGUAUGCGUGUGUGUCUGUCUCUGUGUGUGUGCGUGAACGGUACACGUAUACAUACGUACCCACUCACACACACACACUUACACAUACCCACAUGCAUGUAGAUAAGUAUCAUCUUGACUUUACCUGAGUUAUACAUUCACUAGUUUACAUAUGACUGACUAUCAAAGAUUUAGUAUGAAAGAAUAAAUCUCAAGUGGAAAUCAUUAAAAAUCUAUUUAAUUAAAUGAUAGUAUUUUGAAAGAAAAGAAAGAGAAAAAUAGUUUACUCUUUAUCUUUGUGUUCCACCCACCUAAUUGAUAAUGUCAUAGGGAAUGGUUACUAAGUUAAUAAUAAUAUUGAUCAUCGCCAUUAUCAUGAAUAUAAUCGAUAACCUGUUUCUUCUUCUUCUACUAUUACCUCAUCAUCAUCAUCAUCUUGUCUCUUAAUACAAGUAAUAAGGAUGACCAAUAAUUUUUUUUUUAAAGAAAAGAAUAAUAUGACCAAAUGAAUCUAUGUCAUGCAUAUUAAGCAUAUAUCUAUCAUAUCCACUUCAUUGUUCGAAGAAGAAUGAAUAAAAGCAAAAGAAGAAGAAGAAGAACGAGAAAAAGAAGAAAAAGAAAAGAAAGAAAAAAAAGAUCAUUUUAAUCAUUGUUGUUGUUAAGACUUCCACUCUAUUCUCCUCAAUAUGUGCGUGCACCUUACAUUUAUAUAAAAGAAAUGAAAUGAAACAGAGAAGGGGGGAAUGAGAAGCGUAUACAAUAUAUAUAUAUAUAUAUAUAUAUAUAUAUAUAUAUAUAUAUACGUAUACACACGCACAUACACGCGCAUACACAUACGCACAUAUGCUAGUGAUCGAUUAUAUUUCAUUAAUUAUGUUGAUUUAAAUAUUAUUUCUUUUUGUUUCUUUUCUUUUCUUUUUUCUUAUUUCUUUUUUCACUGUUCGAUAUUAAUUUAAUCAAUUGAAAAAAUAAGUUGAAUCAAUUUAAUUUUCUCUUUUUCUUUUCUUUUUGAUUUCAUACUUUAAUUAUCUUUAUUAUUAUUAUUAUUAAUAUUAUUAUUAUUAUUCUAUUUCACUUUGAAUUUGAUUAUGAUCAUGAACCGAUUGAUGUUAGAACAACGUUGGGAACCUGGAAGCACUGGACGGUUGUUUCGUCCUAAUAUGGGACUCCUUAGUAGUGUGAAUCCACAAUCCCGCUCGCGGGAUUCGAACCCAGGGCCUUCAGUCUCGUGCAUGAACGCUUAACCUGCUGGAUCGCUGAGCCGGUAUCCAAUGCUGUUAAUGUCUAACCUCAACCGAUCCACGACAUUGUGCUACCAUCUUCCAUUGUACUGAUAAAGAUACCUAACUCUACCCGACAUGGAUUAGCUCCACUGGUCAUGGCUUCUCACUAGAACUCAGAGAAUUCCCUCACGAAGCUAGUCACUAGUGA